AUGGCGAGCCUCUUGUACGUUGCUUCUACCUGCAGCAAGGUCUCAUGCACAAUCUACAGCGUGCUCCAGAACGCGACCGUGACGUCGAUCUCGCUGCAAAACUACACCAAGCUGGCUUUUGUGAACUUUGUCGACGUGCCCAACCUUCAAGUCGCGACGCCCUUCAACGUCUCGGCGCCGCCGCACGCGUACAUCGCGGGCGCUCCUCGCCUCAACACGACACUCUGGCUCGCGCCGAACGACGCAAGCCAGGCCACAAAGAGCCCGCGCGACAGCCUCGAGAGUGGCAGCAUCAACGUGACGGACGCGCCUGCCAUGGCAUCGGCCGACGGCAGCACCAUGAGCGCGCUUGUCGUCGUCGCCGUCAUCCUCGGCGUCAUUGCCGCCUUUGUGUUCGUCGUUGCCGCCUUCAUGUACCUCCGCCGCCGGCGCGCCGCGUCGCCGCCCGCUGCCGUGCCAACGACAUGCGACCGCCUCUCGACAGCAAGCUCGACGGGGCGCAAGUCGAGUCAUGCCCUAGCAGUGUCCGAUCCGAGCUUGUCCGACCCGAUGCUCGCGUCGUUUCCGGAUUACCUCCGGCUGCCAGCCCCGACGCGCAUGACGCUCGUCAAGCCGAGUCGGGCGCUGCUGCAAGGCGUGUUCGAGGACCGGGAUGUCGUCAUCAAGUACGUCUCGAAAGAAUCGCCGGACGUUGAGACGUUCUUGUCCGACCUCUGGCUCGUCUCGAACCUCCAGCAUGUGAACCUCGUGCUCUUCCUCGGCGUCGCGUCCUUCCCGCGCCUCGACGACAUGUGCGUCGGCGCGGUCGUCGAGUGCAUGGAGAACGGGUCACUGGCGACGGUGCUUGCAAACCCCAAGAUUGCCAUCUCGGACGACGUCGAGUGGAACAUGUGCAUAGACGUCGCGACCGCCGUGCAGUUUGUCCAUGGCCGCGGCCGGUCGCUGCCGUGCUUGGCGAGUCGCAAGUUCCUUGUCAACGCCGAGAUGCAAGUCAAGCUCAACGUGCUGAGUCUAUUGACGUAUUCAGAUUUGCGCUUGCCGGACGGGCCGUCGUUUGGCAGCCAGCGACUCGCACACAAGGCGCCCGAGGUCCUCCGCGGUGACUGCAUGGACGAGGUCGCGGCCGACGUCUACUCGGUGGCGCUGCUUCUGGCCGAAAUUUGCACGCGGCUGCGUCCGUUUGCGACCGAGCUGCACGACCUGGGCAAUGUCGGCGUCGAUGUCUUGUUGCUAGAGCGAGCGGCGAAGGAUGGCACGGUGGCACCGUACGACGUGGCGACGCAACUCAGUGGGUACCCGGCCGAGUUGCAAGCGCUCUUGCUGCGCUGCUGGGCGUUGCAUGCGUGCGACCGGCCAUCGAUGGACGAGGUUGUCGCUGUGCUGCAGAUCGUCUACGAAGACCGCUACGUCAUCUAA